AUGGGUGUUAAAGGUCUUUGGUCGCUUUUGAACCCUGUCUCUCGGCCUGUCCAGAUAGAGAGUAUGGAGGGAAAGAGAUUAGCUAUUGAUAGUUCCAUUUGGCUAUAUCAAUUCCAAGCUACUAUGAGAGAUAAAGAUGGAAGAGUAUUGGUGAAUGCUCAUGUUUUAGGUUUCCUGCGAAGGAUAAAUAAACUUCUUUUUCAUGGUAUCAAACCUGUAUUCGUAUUUGAUGGAGGAGCACCGGCUUUGAAAAGAGCUACUAUUGCUGAAAGGAAGAAGAAGAAGGCUGGGGCAGCUGCGAAUCAUGCUAAAGUCGCCGAGAAACUCUUUGCCGCGCAGAUGAGAAGGGAAGCUGUCAAGGCUGCUCAAGCUAUUGAGGAGCAUAGAGCCGCUAGAAACGCAGUGACAACCAACCAAUAUCCAGAUGAAGCAGGUGAACAAAUCGCUGAAAACGCAGUAUAUCUCGAUGAGCUAGAAGGUAGAGCAGGACCAUCCCAACCUAGAUCUAGACCUCCUCCACCAAUAGAGCGUAAUUCCUCUUCUUCAACUUCUAUUCGACAAUCAACACCCAUAGGAGAAGUACCUACCGACCCUGAAAAGCGUCGUAAACAUUUCAAGAAACAUGAUCCUUAUCGAUUACCUGAGACUACCAUGCCAAUGGUAUCAACGACCGAUAGACCAGAUGCAAGAUUAGCUACGGAAGAAGAACUGAAACAAUUCAUAGAUGAAGUUUCACCUGAUGAUAUAGAUAUUGAAUCACCUGAAUUCCGAGCAUUACCUACAGAAGUACAAUAUGAGAUUAUAGGUGAUUUAAGAGUCAGAUCAAGACAACAAUCACAUAGAAGAUUGGCAGAUAUGCUAAGAGCUGCUCCAUCUGCAUUGGAUUUCUCAAAAGCUCAAAUCAAACAUCUUUCACAAAGGAACGCUUUAACUCAACAACUAUUAACUGUUACUGAUAUGGUUGGAAAGGCACAUUUGACCAUCCCAGUUAGAAUAGCAGCUGAAAGAAAUAGGGAAUAUGUUUUGGUCAAAAGAGGUGAAAGUGAAGGUGGUGGUUGGGCUUUAGGUAUAAGGGAAGGAACAAAGGAGAAACCAAUAGAAUUAGAAGAAGUCAAGUCUGAUGAAAGUGAAAUCAGUAGCAGUGAUGGUGACUCGGACAUAGAAGAGAUCGAAAGCCCCAAACCACCAGUAGUAGACAAGGAUCUACGAGAACAUCGCCGGCGAGAAGUUCUAGAAGCAAUAGCACGACGUUAUGCUCCCGCUAGACCAUCGCGAAAGUCUUUAGAUAUAGCUGUUAAACCGUUUGGAGCAAGUCGAACAGCUACUUCGAAACCUCUGUUUGAUGCACAAGACGAAGAAGACGAGGAAGAAGUCAUUCCAACUGCGAAUGAUGAAGCUUUGGCUCUCGCGUUGCAGCAAGAAGAACUUGGAUCUGAUGAAGAAGAAGUCGAUGAAGAUCUGGCUAAAGCUUUGGCAAUGAGUAGAAGAGAUAAAGAAAGACGAGAAAGGAGUGUUACUGAAGAAGCUGAUUGGGAAGUUCAAGGUAAAGAAGAGGAAGAUGAGGAUAUGGAAGAAGUACAAUUAAUACCUACACGUCCUACCACUCCAGUAGAAACUACAUCUACAGAGCCAGAAGAAGAGGAAGACGAUGAUGAGUUUGAAGAAGUAGCUACUGAACCUGGCCCAUCAAGAACGCAAUCUGUAACUGAGAUCAUCCAAUCGUCCAUGUCUUCUCCAUCGUUGGUCGGCGAAGAAGAAGAAGUACCGAUAAUUACUGCUAGAAAGACCGCAGCACUGACUAAACCAGCUGGAAUAUCGGAUCAUAGACCUAUAUCAAGCGAAGUGAUCGAUAUCAACGAUGAUGACGAAGAGGAAGAUGCUCCACUUUUUGUGGGAACAAAAGAAUCUUCGAAACGGCAGCAAGAAACCUUACCCAUACUCUCCUCUACCUUUUCCACGAUACCCCAAAGUCGCCCUUCCCCUCAGCAAUCCUUUUCAGAAUCGCCCGGAGAUUUCCAACUCAUACCGGAACUACUACCUCAAAUCUCUCCCGCGCCGGCAAGUUCCAAUCAUGGACCCAGUGCAAAGAUAAGUGUCAGCAAGCCUGUCACACCUCCCAUACAGCAUCAAACUGCUGCGCCUCCCCCACCCUCAACCAUUCCAAAACCCAAACCCAUUCAACGCAUGCCAUCGGCUACAGUCAGGCCUUCGCCCCUGAGGAAAGUCACACAACCGGCUUCUUCCCCUAUCUCUAUCGAUACAGAGGAUGAACCGAUCUCCGCUCCACCUCCACUCCCACCUCGACAGCCUUCAUCAUCUUACACGGGGGCGCUGACACGACCCGAAUCACCAAUUGCAUCUAUUGACGGGCCUCGGCUGAUCUCACCUUCACCAUCACCGGUAGCCAGCCGACCAAAUCUGUCACCCUCUCCUCCUCCCGUUCUAUCGCUUGCCAAUGAAGCAUUACGCUUCCGGCGAGAAGUAUCACCUUCGUCCGGGGAAGAAGACGAUGAAGACAUGGACGAUUCUCGAUCUAUAGAAUGGUCUGCAUCUCCCCCUCCAAUGCCCAGACCAGCACUUCAACCUACGGAUUCUGCAACUACGAUCCCAUCAGAAGUCGAAGAUCAAGACGGGGAUAUAACUCCCGGAGACAUGGCUGCGGAAGAAGAUGAUUAUGCGAGAUUUAUAGCUCAAAUCAAAGGAAGAGAUUUGAAUGAAGUCAGAACUGAAAUUGAUGAUGAGAUUAGAAUAUUGAACAGCGAGAAUAGGAACGCGAUGAGGGAUUCAGAUGAAAUCACUCAGACUAUGAUCGUUCAGAUCCAGACCCUCUUACGACAUUUUGGUAUACCGUAUAUCACCGCACCAAUGGAAGCAGAAGCUCAAUGUGCUAAACUUGCCGAAUUAGGAUUGGUUGAUGGGAUCAUUACGGAUGAUUCUGAUGUUUUCCUAUUUGGUGGUUUACAAUGCUUCAAAAACAUCUUCAACGAUGCUAAAUAUGCUGAAUGCUUCUUAUCAAGUGAUAUACAAAGAGAACUUUCAUUGAAUCGGGAUAGGUUGAUAUCCUUAGCUUAUCUAUUGGGAAGUGAUUAUACCAUUGGAUUACCGGGUGUAGGACCUGUAGUUGCCCUAGAACUAUUAUCUAAUUUUCCAGGUGAAAAAGGUAUAGAUGUCUUCAAAGAUUGGUGGUUGAAAGUUCAAAGAGGGUUGGAUAAACCUGAAGAAUCAUCUACCAAAUGGAAGGUCAGUUUCAAGAAGAAAUAUAAAAACACUAUAUAUCUGACUGGUGAUUGGCCAAAUCCACUUGUUAGAGAGGCUUAUAAAUAUCCUGUAACGGACGAAUCGGAAGAACCCUUUCAUUGGGGUUUUCCAAAGCUAUCAGCUUUACGAACAUUUCUGCACGAGGAGCUGUCUUGGUCAAUAUCAAAAGUCGAUGAUGAAUUAACUCCCAUCGUACAACGUAUAGCUAGGAGAGGUAAACUCGGAGCAUUAAACAAACAAGCUAGUUUGUUGCCUUACUUCGAUCUAUCAGUUAUGACUGGAAACUAUGCACCUAGGCGAAGGACAACGGCGAACGUAUCUAAACGAUUGAUGUCGGUGAUCAAAGCUUUCAGGGAAGCAGAAGCCAGGAUCAAAGGCGAAGAGAUCGGUGAUUGGGGUGAGAUGAUGGCUGAACUAGAUGAAGAAGAUCCUAAAGGUAAAGGAACGGGGAAAAGACGGAAGACAAUUGAUAGUCAGGAUGGAUCAGAAAUAGGGGAAGGAUUGAAGAAAAGAAGAUUACGUGAAGCCAGUACGACUUCUAGGGGGAAAGGUAGAGGAAGGAAAAGAGCUGGAACAACUACUUCGACUAUAAGUAUCAAUGAAUCUGAAGCUUCGACUGAAAGUUCGGCGAGUACGAGUACAAGAGGUAAAGUUAAGAAAGCACGAGGUGCUAGUGGUGGAACAAGGGGUAGAGGAAGAGGGAGAGGGAAAGGCAUCGCCACAAGUACGGAAGUCAUCGCAGUACCGGAUGAGUAA